CGAGCACCACACUCGACUUCAUAACGUACUCAUAAAUACCUAUUAUUGUUUUUACAACGCUAAAGAAUAUUUAUAAUACACACCGAAAUGAAUUCGAUCGUCGCAGUGAGUAUAUUCGAGUCAAAAAAAUAUUAAUAAUAUUAUAUCGUUUAAAUAGAAUACAAAUUUGGAAAAAAAAAAAAAAAUAAUUUUCAGGCUGUCUUAUUCGUUGGCGUUUGUUCGAGCUUUGCGUUCGCGGCCCCGACCGAAAAACCGAAGAUACCGGAGGCUCGUCUCCUGAAUUACAAAUACGAGGUUUUGUUAAACGGAGAGUUUAAUCUCAUGUGAGUUUUAUACGGAUUAUAAUACAAACAAUUCAAAUUAUACGUCUUAAUCGUAACAGUACAAAAUUUGUCUUUAAAGCUUCGAUAUAAUACCUACCAGUCCAUCGAGGGCUUUUACUGCUCCCGUUAAUAUAUAUGAGUAUAUAUAAAACAAAAAAAUUAUGAUUUCAAUCAUCCAUCGUGUCCCGUGUUCUCCGCCUUCUAUUCUCAAAAUCUUCGUCCUUGCUUAAUAUCCUCCAAUUCUAUUUAUAUUCAAACAUUUUUCAUUUUUCGAUUGAUUUUUGGCUUUUUAUUGUAUAUGAUAUGUGUACUUAUUGUGUGCGAUGUUUGUGUUUAGUUACGAACUGGACGACGGGACUUUGCAGACUAGAGAAGGCAGGUUGGUGUUGAACGAAAAAAAAGACGGUUACGUUUUGGUCCAGAAAGGGACGUAUACGUACACUUCGCCAGAAGGCGUCAGAGUGAGAAUGUCGUACGUGGCCGAUCAGGACGGUUUCAAAAUAAUUGAAUACGCAAUGCCGUAUAACGGAGUUUCUGCAGUACCUACUGUUGACAAAUUGAAAUAUGAUAGCUAAUAUAAUUAACUUUGUUAAAAAACAUCAAUUAUCUACACAGUUAGGAUGCAUCUUAUUUUUGAAAAUUGUAAAGUAAUCAUUUUGUAAAAUGUUUGAAAAAAAUAAAAACUCAUUGUAGUACAG